CACACAAAAUGGCUGUGCUGUAACGCAAGACCGCCUCCAGACAAAAAGGUUAUGGCAAGCAACAGAGUUAUGUGAAUUAUAUCGGAUUACUUUGGAGAGAGAUUGGAGUUCCUAACUCAGCCAUGGACGUGAGCACGUCUCUGAAGAUGAGCUCUCUGACCACCCAGAGUCUCUUCAGCUAUGUGGAGGAGGAAAACCUUUCGGCCAUCAAAGCUCAUCUGGACAAGUACAGAGAAGUGGACACCAGAAGUGAAAGCGGCCAGACGGCUCUGAUGUUGGCCUCAGAGCAGGGCAGUCUAGAGAUUGUGCAGGAGCUCAUCCGGAGGGGAGCAAACGUCAACUUAGAUGAUAUUGAUUGCUGGACAGCACUGAUUUCAGCUGCUAAAGAGGGACACACUGAAGUGGUGAAGGAGCUCCUGGAGAACAAUGCCAAUGUGGAGCAUCGCGACAUGGGGGGCUGGAGCGCGCUCAUGUGGGCCGCUUAUAAGGGUCGUGUGGAGGUGGCACGUCUACUGCUGGAAAAAGGCGCAAACCCGAACAUCACCGGACAGUACAGCGUUUACCCCGUCAUAUGGGCGGCAGGAAGAGGCCAUGCGGAGAUCGUUCAGCUGCUGCUUCAGCAUGGAGCCAAAGUCAACUGCUCUGACAAGUAUGGCACCACACCUCUGAUCUGGGCAGCCAGGAAGGGCCAUUAUGACUGUGUGAUGCAUCUGCUGGAGAACGGCGCCAAUGUGGACCAGGAGGGAGCGAACUCGAUGACUGCGCUUAUAGUGGCUGUGCGAGGUGGUUUUACUGAGGUGGUGAAGGAGCUGCUUAAGAGAAACCCUAAUAUGAAUAUGACUGAUAAAGAUGGCAACACUGCGCUGAUGAUCGCUGCUAUAGAAGGCUACACUGAGAUUGUCCAAGACCUGCUGGAUGCGGGCACAUAUGUCAACAUCCCUGACCGGAGUGGUGAUACUGUGCUUAUCGGAGCCGUCAGAGGAGGUCAUGUGGAGAUCGUCCGAGCUUUGCUUAAUAAAUAUGCUGAUAUUGAUGUCAAAGGCCAGGAUGGUAAGACUGCCCUGUACUGGGCUGUGGAGAAAGGCAACGCAACUAUGGUUCGAGACAUUCUGCAAUGCAACCCUGACACUGAGGCCUACACCAAGGAUGGAGAGACUCCACUCAUAAAAGCCACUAAAAUGAGAAACAUGGAAAUUGUGGAGCUUCUUUUGGACAAAGGUGCCAAAGUGUCAGCAGUGGACAAGAAAGGUGACACAGCUCUGCAUAUUGCCAUUCGUGGCAGAAGCCGCAAACUUGCUGAGCUGCUCUUGAGGAACCCUAAAGAUGGCCGUCUGCUCUACCGGCCCAACAAAGAGGGAGAGACGCCCUACAACAUUGACUGCACUCACCAGAAGAGCAUCCUCACCCAGAUAUUUGGAGCCAAGCACCUGUCUCCUUCUGAGUGUGACGGAGACAUGCUGGGUUAUGACCUGUACAGCAGCGCUCUGGCGGACAUCCUGAGUGAGCCCACCAUGCAGCCGCCCAUCUGUGUGGGGCUUUAUGCCCAGUGGGGCAGCGGCAAGUCCUUCCUCCUUAAGAAACUGGAAGAUGAGAUGAAGACGUUCGCUGGACAGCAGGUGGAGCCGUUGUUCCAGUUCUCGUGGUUGGUGGUGGUUUUGACUCUGCUGCUGUGUGGAUCUGUGGCUCUGGUCCUUGGCUUUGCUGUGGACACAAAGCUGGCCAUUGCUGUGGCCCUCAGCCUGCUCGCCCUACUGUACAUAUUCUUUGUGUUGGUGUACUUUGGUGGGAGAAAAGGGGGGGAGAGUUGGAGUUGGGCCUGGGUCCUCAGCACCAGACUGGCUCGCCACAUCGGCUACUUGGAGCUUCUUCUCAAACUCAUGUUCGUCAAUCCCCCCGAACUUCCAGAGCAGACCACCAAAGCCCUGCCGGUCAGGUUUCUGUUCACGGACUAUAACCGUCUGUCGAGUGUGGGAGGGGAGACGUCCAUGGCUGAAAUGAUAGCCACGCUGUCCGACGCCUGUGAGAGAGAGUUUGGCUUCCUGGCCACCAGACUUUUUAGGGUCUUCAAGAAUGAUGAAACUCAAGGAAAGAAGUGGAAGAAGACAUGUUGCGUCCCGUCCUUCGUGCUCUUUGUGUUGACGUCGGGCUGUCUGAUCACAGGCAUGACCCUGCUGGCCAUCUUCAAGGUGGACGCAGAGAACCUGACGGUGAACGCGGUUCUGAUCGCCAUGGCCAGUGUGGUGGGUCUGGCCGUGCUGCUGAACUGUCGGACUUGGUGGCAGGUGGCGGACUCUGUGCUGCACUCUCAGAGGAGGAGGCUCCUUAACGCUGCCAACAGCAUGCACAAGCUCAAGAGUGAGGGAUUCAUGAAGGUUUUGAAGUGUGAAGUGGAGCUCAUGGCUAAAAUGGCUAAAACCAUUGACGGCUUCACCCAGAAUCAGACCCGACUGGCUGUCAUUAUCGAUGGCCUGGAUUCCUGUGAACAGGACAAAGUGCUACAGAUGCUUGACACGGUUCGAGUGCUCUUCUCUAAAGGUCCCUUCAUCUCCAUCUUUGCCAGCGACCCUCAUAUCAUCAUCAAGGCAAUAAAUCAGAACCUAAACAGUGUGCUACGUGACUCCAACAUCAACGGCCACGACUACAUGCGAAACAUCAUCCACCUGCCCGUGUUCCUCAACAGCCGUGGCCUCAGCACUGCAAAGAGACUCUGCAUUUCCACACCAGCCAAUGCAGAUCAGCUGAACUCUGAUGCGUGGCAAGAGGACAUGGACAGGAAGUUGUCUCAGAACAGUCUCGGCGAGCAGGGCAGGCAGGGCAGCAAAACAGCGCUGAACCGCCGGGACACGUACCGCAGGAGACAGAUGCAGCGCUCCGUCACGCGCCAGAUGUCCUUUGACCUGACCAAGCUGCUGGUCACCGAAGACUGGUUCAGUGACAUCAGCCCGCAGACGAUGAGGAGACUGCUCAACAUAGUGUCAGUCACAGGUCGCCUACUUAGAGCCAAUCAGAUCAUUUUUAAUUGGGACCGACUAGCAUCCUGGAUCAACCUGACGGAGGAAUGGCCAUACCGCACAUCCUGGAUCAUCCUCUUCCUGGAGGAAACUGAUGGAGUCUCAGACCAGGUCACACUGAGGACAAUCUAUGAAAGGAUUUCUAAAAACAUCCCCACCACUAAAGAUGUGGAGCCUCUGUUGGAGAUCGAUGGCGAUAUUCGUAGUUUCGAGGUGUUUCUCUCAUCGCACACCCCUGUUCUCACCGCUCGUGAUGUGGAGAUGUUCCUGCCUUGUACUGUCAACCUGGAUCCCAAACUAAGAGAGAUCAUCGCAGAUGUAAGAGAUGCCCGAGAGCAGAUGCACCUUGGAGGAGUCAGCUAUCCCACACUGCCCCUGCAAGAUGUUUCAGUACGGCCGCACUCCACAUUUGGGCAGCACUCUUUGGCCUGCUCUCCCACAGGCUCUUUCCCUAGCUCGUUCCCUCCUGCUGGAGUGCUGCCGGCCGCUCAGCCCCACAGCAGCUACUUCAGUGGGCUUACGGGACCCCAGCACCCCUUCUACAACCGGCCGUACUUCCCUCAUCAUGUUUAUCACCUGCCCCGACAUUAUCCUGGCAACCCCCAUCAUGCCCCCACACGCCCUGCCGCUAAACUCCAUAAGGACCCCAGUAUGGGACUAGAUGUAAUCAGAGAGGACUCCACUGAGGGUCUUCCCUCUCCUACAUCCCCCUCUAUGAUUAAAUCUCAGCCCUUCAGAAUGAAGCAGGGCUCUGGUUCUGUGGUUUCUAGUGGAUCUCAGGUCCUUCUCAGUUCUCUGAGCAUCGAUGGCGUAUGUGAGAAACUCAGACAGAUCCAAGGCCUGGACUCCUGCAUGCUGGAGCAGUAUAUUGGCACAAUCAAAAAGGCCAAUGUCAACGGCCGGGUUCUGUCUCAGUGCAACCUUGAUGAGCUCAAGAAGGAAAUGAACAUGAACUUUGGAGACUGGCAUCUCUUCAGGUCCAUGGUUCUAGAGCAGCGUCAUGUUGAGAACCAGCUGCUGAAUGAUGAAUCGGGAGCGUGCAGCGAGCAGGGCAGCAGCGUGUUGACUCAACUCGAACCCCACAGACCCUCUGAAGCGCCACAAGACGUGAUCGUCAACCCAGAAAACUUCACGUACAGCCUUAACCUGAGCUUUGAGGAGCUCAGCGGUGUGGGGCUGGAGGAGCCCGCCAAACAACACAAUGCCCAGUGGCUGGUCAACACUCACCGGACACCAAGCAUAUCCAGCCUGAACUCUCAGGAAUCAUCCAAUGACAUCUGCAAGCUGACCGACAAGCAGCAAGCUGAGUACCGCAAUGCAUAUCAGGAGUACAUCUCCCACAUGUCCCAGCUGGAGGUAUCUGCUGCUGGACGAGAGAGUCCUGCUCAAUCCCAGUUCCUCACAGCCAGCUCUGAAGAGAAGACUAAGGAAGGUGAGCAAGACGGGCGCAAACCUUUCGCUAAAAAGACCUCCAAACCUGCAGAUAUAGUGGACUUCUCCACCGUCCCAGAUGGUGGUCUUCUAGACCCCAUUACAGAGGAGGAUGAGAAGUCAGAGCAUGGUUCUGCCACUAAAAUCCCACCCAGACGCAAGACUAAAGGACAGGGACCAUCCUACCACAGCAUACCAAGUGAUGAAGAAGAUUCAGGCGACGAGGAGACAGAUGCCACCCCACUGCUAAGAGAGGAACCCUGGGCAGCAGAACCAGAUCUAGGCCUUUUAGCUAAAGGGAAGAGCUUCAUCACAGACAUCAUGAUGGACAAGAAAUCAUCCGAUUCUGGAGUGAGAUCCAGCAGGAGCUCCUCUGAUCACUCGCUGCAAGAUGAGGAAAGCGAAUCAGCCCAGGAGAAGGAGGAGAAGUUUGAAGAGAAGAAAGAAGAAGAAGAGGCCCAUCUGAUCGAGCUGGUUCUUGAGAGCCCAGUUAAGAAGCGAGUCUUACCAAACAGGCUGAGUAACCUUCAAGAUGAGCCCGUGGCCCGGAUGUCCAUCUGCUCGGACAUUCCAUCUGACAGCAGUACCCCUGAGGAGAGCUGGCCCACUUCAGCUGUGAGUAACCUCAACUGCUCGCCCAACAAUACUGCGCUUAACAACAACAUCAACAACAGCACCCAGCAGGAGACGCCUGACUCCACCGACUGCCCCUCGAUCAUUAUACGACCAGGAUCCAGCACCGAAAACACCACGCUGGCCAACCAGAACCUGCGGGGAGUCCACCGAAAGAAGUCCACCACUGACACUGCUGAGGAACGAGAGAGUGUCCUGUGAGCCUAACAAGGUUUCUUUAAAUCAGGGGUGGGGAACGUUGAUCCUGGUGUGCCAGUGUCCCUGCAGAGUUUAACUCCAACCCUAAUCAAACACACCUGAACAAACUAAUCAAGGUCUUCAAGAUUUUAUUUCAGGGUUGGAGCUAAACUCUGCAGGGACACCGGCCCUCAGGAACAAGGUUCCCCACACCUGCUUUAAAUGAUGAAGAGCGAGUUACUAGGGUAAAUCAAAGUCUAACAACUUUAAAAAUUCAGAGAAAGUUUUCAUUUAGGCAGUGUUAGGCAGUGUUGACUCUGAUUAUAUUCAUUUUUAUUUUUAAAGGAGUCACUUCCAGAACAAAAAUUUACAGAUAAUUUGGUCACCCCUUUGUCAUCCAAGAUGUUCAUGUCUUUCUUUUUUUCAGCCAAAAAGACAUUUUAAGGAAAAAUUUCAGGAUUUCUCUCAGCCUAGGAUUUCAUAUAGUGGACUUCAAUGGUGCCCACGAGUUUGAACUUCCAAAAUGCAGUUUAAAUACAUCUUCAAAGGGCUCUAAAUGAUCCCAGCUGAGGAAGACUGGUCUUAUCUAGUGAAACAAUCAGGUAUUUCCUAAAAAAAAUUUCAAUUUAUAUACUUUUUAAUCUCAAAUGCUCAUCUUGUCUAGCUCUGCGUGUUCCGGGUCAUUAUAGUCAGGGUAUGUCGAAAAACUCUUUGAUCUUCUUUGCACAUUCACUUUGUAAACAUUGGGUCAAUACUUCUGCAGCGAUGUAGGAUGAUUUUGAAGUUGGAGGAGAAAAGAUGGGAGUUUUUUGACCUGUCUUGAUCCAGAAUACACAGAGUUUACGCAGCGCUAAACAAGACGAGCAUUUGAGGUUAAAAAGUAUAUAAACUAAUUUUUUUUUUGAAAAUAACUGAUUGUUUUGCUAGAUUAGACCAUUUGAAGCUAUAUUUAAACUGCAUUUAGGAAGUUCAAACUCGCGGCACCAUAGAAAUCCACUAUAUGGACAGAAAUCCUGAAAUGUUUUCCUCAAAAAACAUAAUUUCAUUACGACUGAAGAAAGAAAGACAUGAACAUCUUGGAUGACAAGGGGGUGAGUAAAUCUGUACAUUUUUGUUCUGAAAGUGAACUCCUUUAACACGAAUUAUAAAUGACCCUUCACUGCAAAACCUGUUUCUUAAAAAGUAUGUCUAACUAGUUUUCCAUUAAAGAUAUUUAAAGGUCCAUAAAACAAGAAAUCGAUAAUUAGUAAAAUAAAAUAAGUUAUAGAAAAUCAUGCAAGCAUAAAAUUAGAAAACCUACAAUAAAAACGUCAUAUACAACUUAAAAUGUAUGUUUUACACUUAAAAUUAUGUAACUAACAAUGAAAAAUACUUUUACAGCAUUUAUUAAUUAAGGUUAAUUUUUGUAUGUACUUUUUUAACAUUUCAGGUUGUAUAAAUUAACAUCUUAUACAUGAACAUGAAUUAACAUGAAUUACAACAACUAUUAAUAGCAUAUUUAUAAAUUAUUAUAUAAUAUUAACCUACCACUGCCAUUCAAAAGUUUGGGAUGUGUAAGAUUUGUAAUGUUUUUUGAAGAAUUUCUUGAUCAAAAACACAGAAAAAAACAGUAAUAUUGUGAAAUACAGUUUAAAAAUAGUGGUUUUCUAUUUUAAUACAUUUUAAAAUAUAAUUUAUUCCUUUGAUGCAAAGCUGAAUUGUCAUCAGCCAUUACUCCAGUCUUCAGUGUCACAUGAUCCUUUAAAAUCAUUCUAAUAUGCUGAUUUAUUACUUUUAUUAUCAAUGUUGGGAACAGUUUUGGGGCUUAAUGUUUUUUGUUUGGUUUUUUUUGGAACUUGACAUUCUUUUUUCAGGAUUUUUUGAUGAAUGAAGUUAAAAAUGGAAUUAUUUUCUAACAGUAUAAAUAUUUGCUAUCUGUUUUUAUCAAUUUAACACAUCCUUGAUUAAUAAAAGUAUUAGUUUCUGUAAACAAACAAACAAAAAAAAAGAUUUAUAUUUAAUUAUUUUUUUUUUUACUUUUAUUUAUUAAAGAAUCUUGAAAAAAGUCUUACAGGUUCCAACAAAAUACUAAGCAGCACACAUGUUUUCAACAAUAAUAAAUCAACAUAUCAGAAUGAUUUCUGAAGGACAAUGUGACACUGAAGACUGGAGUAAUGGUGCUGAAAAUCCAGCUUUGCAUCACAGGAAUAAAUUACAUUUUUAAAAACAUUCACAUAGAAAACUGUUAUGUUACAUUGAAAUAAUAUUUCACAAUAUUACAGUUUUUCUGGAGUUUUCAUCAAAUCAAUGCAGCCUUGAUGAGCAUUAAAAACUUUUUCAAAAAACAUUAAAAAUCUUACUGAUCCCAAAUUUUUGAACGGCAGUGUAUAUUACAAAAAUGGACUCUCUGAAAAGUCUUAUUAUAUUACACAAUCUUGUUUUAUCCAUAAAUGUAUCUUAUUGUAAAGACAUUUCAAUGUUUUUUUUAACUGUGAAACAAAACCAACAUACUGAUUAAGACAAUGCAGUGUGCAAGUGUGAGAAAUAUUGUUGCUGUUUUCCGAGUGGUGCUAAAAAAGCAAUAAACGGAGGCUGUGAAGCUGUUCAUACUUUCUGAUUUGUUUAGUGCAAAUCCUGUUAUUUCAUGCUCCGUUGCUAACAUUAAAGAUCUAGUGUAGGCUGGUCCACAAUAUUCAAAUCCAUCAAGUAGAGUGGGGAUUUAACCACAUAGAGUUAGCGCUGGUGUUUUUGCUGUGAUCGGUGAUGUGAAAGCUGUUAUUUAUUUGUGAUUGAACGCCCGGUUCACAUUCAGGUCAUCCUUGUAGUUUGAAUUCUGCCUUGUAGAGUUUUAGACGAGUGAAUCUGUUUGCGAUCAGUGUUACGAGAGAAAACAAAAAAUUAUAGAGGUUUCGGUACGACAUGAUGUGUGUGUAUGAGUAUCCUUAAUGUUUUCUAACAUUAAUAAACCUCAUUCUUGUCAAACCGUUUGAAUAUGAGUGAUUUUACAAUUUAAAUAAAUACAUUGUCAUAUUUAAAAAUUGAUCUGUUAAAUUCAAGCUUUGUUAGUGUGUGCUGAUGGAUUGAACACUGAAAUCAUAACAUUUCAAACUUUUAUUUUAAAAUACACAUACAUUUAUGUAUGUAUUUUGAUGAAACUGCCAACUGCCAAUCAUAAAAAAUGAAUAAGAACUGUAUCAAAGAAAUGUCCAUUGUUUUUUUUUUUUGAGGUGAAGUGUGGCCGCCAGCAGGUGGCGCACUCUUCAUAUCAAGAACACUAAUAGAG